AAACGAUUUCAAGAAGCUGGUACAGCGCAAGCCCCGACGUCACCUUCGAGGGGAAAAGAGCAGCGGGGACUCUGGAAAAGGCCACUAAAAACGAGGCUUGUAAAGGUCUGGAGUCAAUUGGAAAGACACAAUUGGAAUUCAGAAUCCACAAAUAUCAAGGGCAAUAGCGUUUUGACCAAGGUUUCAAGUCAGUGGGGUUAGUCUUCUCAACAAACGAUGCUGGGAUAAAGAUCUAGUGCAGAAAAUAAGACGCUUAACUCUAGCCAUAUAUAAAAAUAAAAAUAGGGGUCGGGGGAGACCGUUGGGGUCAUGGCCACUCGCUGACGGGGCCCCCGCCGGCUGAAGAUGGGGGUGAGGCUGUUCCGCUGCACCUCCCUGGGCCUGAGGCUGGUCGGCCCGGCCCCCGGCCUUCCCUCUUCGUGCUGCUGCGGCACUGCCGGCUGAGGUGGAGAGAUGAGUUGGUUCAACGCCUCCCAGCUCUCCAGCUUCGCAAAGCAGGCCCUGUCCCAGGCCCAGAAGUCCAUCGACAGGGUCCUGGACAUCCAGGAAGAGGAGCCGAGUGCCUGGGCCGAGACCAUUCCAAUAAGUCCUGUCAGCGGAGGAUGGGAUACAUCAACCUGGGGGUUAAAGUCCAUCACUGAACCUCAGAGUCAACCAAUAGCCUCUCCAAAAGCAAUUACGAAGCCAGUUGGGAGUACUGUGGUAGAUGAAUCUGAAAAUUUCUUCGGUGCCUUUCUGUCUCCAGCAGAUGUUCAGACCAUUCAGAAGAGUCCAGUGGUAUCAACACCACCAGCAAAAUCACAACGGCCAGAAGAAGUGAAAAACACCUUACAGGAAUCAUUGCACACUGGGCAGUCAAGAACAAGCGAAACAACCGAGUCAAAAGUAAAAGACCCUUCUCCAUGUGUGUCCGGGGAAGGUCUGGCAUUAGAGAGUCUGUCACCUAAAACUGAAGGCAGGCAUGAAGAAACUGUUAAUAAAGAAUCUGAUAUGCAGGUGUCAGUCAUGCCUCUGAAAGUAUCUGAAAGUGCAAUUAAUGUGAAAACAACCAGGAAAAACAUAUCUAAUAAUAUGUCUACAUCUAAUAUGUCUACACAGUCUCUCACAACAGAAACAAAGGACAUGGCUUUGGAACCUAAGGAGCAAAAACAUGAAGACAGACAGAGUAAUACACCUCCUCCCCCUGUUAGCACCUUCUCAUCAGGUACUUCUACUACCAGUGAUACUGAAGUUUUAGAUCAUGAGAGUGUAGUAAGCGAGAGCUCAGCAAGUUCAAGACAAGAGAUGACAGAUUCAAAAUCAAGUCUUCACUUGAUGCAAACAUCUUUUCAGCUUCUCUCAGCAUCUGCUUGUCCUGAGUAUAAUCGUUUAGAUGAUUUCCAAAAACUCACUGAGAGCUGUUGCUCAUCUAAAGAUGCUUUUGAAAGAACAGACUCCUUUAGUGUACAGUCAUUAGAUAGCCGUAGUGUAAGUGAAAUCAAUUCAGAUGAUGAAUUGUCAGGCAAAGGAUAUGCUUUAGUACCUAUUGUAGUUAACCCUUCAACUCCAAAGACUAAAAUAGUUGAAUCUGUUGAAGGAAAAUCUGAAGAAGCAGAUGAAACAUUAAUUAUACCCACUGAAGAAACAGAAAUGGAAGAAAGUAGACAAAGUGCAACCCCUGUUAACUGUGAACAGCCUGAUACCUUGGUUUCUUCACCAAUAAAUGAAGGACAUACUGUCUUAGACAAGGAGACCAAGCAGUGUGAAGGUGCUGAAAGUCAGCCAGAGGCACUUUCUGAGAAGGAAGAUGUUUGCAAGAAAGUUGAAUUUCUGAAUGAGAAACUGGUUAAAAGGGAGGCUCAGUUAUGAUCUCUUAGUAAAGAAAAAGCACUUCUAGAAGAAGCCUAUGAUAAUCUGAAAGAUGAAAUGUUCAGAGUGAAAGAAGAAAGCAUCAGCAUUUCUUCCUUGAAAGAUGAGUUUACUCAAAGGAUUGCAGAAGCAGAAAAGAAAGUUCAGCUGGCCUAGAGAGACGCUCCUAAAAAGGAAAUCAAAAGUAUAAAAGAAGAACUUGCCACUAGAUUAAACAGUAGUGAAACUGGAGACCUUUUGAAAGAGAAAGAUGAACAGAUCUGAGGAUUGAUGGAAGAAGGAGAAAAACUUUCAAAACAGCAACUGCAUAAUUCUAACAUCAUUAAGAAAUUAAGAGCUAAAGAAGAGAAUGAAAAUAUUAUUAUGAAGCUGAACAAAAAAGUAAAAGAGCUAGAAGAAGAAUUGCAGCAUUUAAAACAGGUCCUCGAUGGCAAAGAAGAGGUUGAGAAACAACAUAGAGAAAAUAUUAAAAAACUAAAUUCUGUGGUUGAACGCCAAGAGAAGGAUCUUGGCCGACUUCAAGCAGACAUGGAUGAACUUGAAGAAAAGAACCGAAGUAUACAGGCUGCUCUUGAUAGUGCAUACAAAGAACUUACUGAUCUCAACAAAGCCAAUACCACAAAGGAGAGUGAGGCACAGGAGGCUGCCCGGAGUCGUGAAAUGAAGGCUAAGGAAGAGCUGGCUGCCACCCUAGAGAAGGCCCAAGAGGCCGCCCGUCAGCAGCAAGAAAUGUUAGCAAUUCAAGUGGGGGACCUUCGGCUGGCACUACAACGUGCAGAACAAGCACCUGCCAGAAAAGAGGAUUAUUUACGCCAUGAGAUCAGCGAACUUCAGCAGAGACUCCAGGAAGCAGAGAAUCGAAACCAAGAACUGAGUCAAAGUGUUUCGUCAACAACAAGACCAUUGCUUCGACAGAUAGAAAAUUUGCAAGGAACUCUAGGGUCUCAGACAUCGUCAUGGGAGAAGUUAGAGAAGAAUCUUUCUGAGAGGCUUGGUGAAUCCCAGACCUUGCUGGCAGCAGCAGUUGAAAGAGAAUGUGCAGCCACAGAACUCCUUGCCAACAAAAUUCAGAUGUCCUCCAUGGAGUCACAGAAUUCUCUCUUAAGACAGGAAAACAGUAGAUUUCAGGCCCACCUAGAAUCAGAGAAAAAUAAGCUAAGAAAACUGGAGGAUGAAAAUAAUAGGUACCAGGUUGAAUUAGAAAACCUAAAAGAUGAAUAUGUAAGAACACUUGAAGAGACAAAGAAAGAAAAGACACUAUUGAACAGUCAGUCAGAAAUGGAGAAAAUGAAAGUUGAACAAGAAAGGAAGAAAGCAAUCUUCACUCAAGAAGCAAUGAAAGAGAAGGAACGGAAGCCAUUUUCUCUCUCUAGCGCUCCCACAAUUUCACGCUCAAGCUCCGUAAGUGGAGUUGACAUGGCAGGAGUACAAACAUCUUUUCUAUCUCAGGGUGAGCCUCAUGAUCACUCAUUUGGACCAAUGUCUGUCUCAGCAAAUGGAAGCAAUCUUUAUGAUGCUGUAAGGAUGGGAGCAGGGUCAAGCAUUGUUGAAAAUCUACAGUCUCAGCUAAAGCUAAGGGAAGGAGAAAUUACUCAUUUACAGGUAGAAAUUGGCAGUCUAGAAAAAACAUGUUCAAUAAUGGCUGAAGAGCUAGUUAAAUUAACAAAUCAAAAUGAUGACCUUGAAGAGAAAGUAAAGGAAGUACCCAAACUUAGAACUCAGCUAAGAGAUUUGGAUCAGAGGUACGACACCAUUCUGCAGAUGUAUGGGGAAAAGGCAGAAGAAGCCGAAGAACUCCGAUUAGAUCUUGAAGAUGUAAAAAAUAUGUAUAAGACCCAAAUAGACGAACUUCUACGACAAAGGCUCAGUUAACUUCUAAAAAUUACAUUCCCAUCAAUCUGAAUGUAAACAUUUCGUAUUUACAUGCAGACUUCCAAUAAAUUCUUUUAUAGAAAAAAGUAAAAAAUAA